AUGCCGCGCUCUGAAUUCUACGAGCUCGUGUGCAGCACGCUGACCGAGUACAAUUACAAGUAUGCUCCUUCCUCUGAUGAGAUAAAGGCAGCGUGCAGCCUCAAGGAGCGACGCCGGCACAUAAUUGUGUUGCUGUGCGGCACGAGUGGUAGCGGCAAAUCCACGCUGGCCUCAAUUUUGGCCAGCCGCCUAGGCAUCUGCACCGUCUUGUCAACGGACAGUGUACGGCACAUGAUGCGCGGGUUCACAACCGCCGAGGAAACGCCACUGCUGUUUGCUUCCACUUACGAGGCUGGCGAGGCGCUGAGGAAGCAGCAGGCGCUCGAUGAGGCGCGGAUGCAUCAAAUGCUGCUGUUGCAACAACAGCUGAAGCAGGAUAUGUCUCACCCAGCACAGUCUCCUUUAGCCGAAAGCCCCGCAGCGGCGGUGCCACAGGCGCUUGACGGCGGUCGCGGCGGCGGCGCCACCGCUCCUGCUGCGGCACUACCGUUUCCGCCGCCGCAGCUUCCGACGGCAGGGCCAUCCCCCCAGGGCCUUAGCGCGCAUGACCUUGCCAUCCGCGGCUAUAAGGCCCAGUGCGAACUGAUUUCGGAGCAGCUUGAGCAGCUGAUCUCUGGUUUUGAGGCUCGGCGGCAGAGUCUUGUUGUGGAGGGUGUGCAUCUGCAUGUGGGUCUGGUGAUGAGGCUGCUGCAGCGGCACCCCGGCCUGGUGCCCUUCUUGGUCUAUAUAAAGAGCGAGGGCAAGCAUGUGGAGCGCAUGGCGGUUCGUGCCAAGUACAUGACGUUGGACCCCAACAAGAACAAGUACGUCAAAAACAUGCGCAACAUUCGGUGGAUCCAGGACUACUUGUUCCGCAAGGCUGAGAAGCACGCAAUACCGUGUGUGGAGAACACCAACAUCGACAGAUCGGUGGGCCUUAUCCACCUGACGUUGCUGGGCUGCCUAAAGCGCAUGAUGAAGGGCGAGCAGGUGUUGGACGCGGGCUCGCCCUCCCUCCGGAUGCUCCACAACGAGUACACCGCCGUGGUGGAGUCGUUGGCAGGGAUGGGGACCGCAGCUGCAGGUACAGGCACGGGGCCAGGUACCGCCGCCGCCGCCGUUUCAGCAGCCGCGGUGGCGGCCGCGCCGCCAUCGUCAGGCGCCGUCGGCCCCAGCGGUACCGCGCAUUUUCACCGUGAGAGCUCCGCUAGCGUUGGGCCGUCAGCCCAGGCGCCGCUGCAGCGGAUGCUAGGAUCCCCGCGCUUCUUCAGCCGCGAGAUUGGCGCCGCCGGAAGCUUGGCACCUCCAGCGGCGGCCACGGCCGCCGCCGGGGACGGCAGUGGCGUAUACAACGAGGCGGUCCUGGUGGCAGCGGCGGCAGUCGCUGCUGCUGCCGCCUGCGGCAGCGGCGGCGGCGGCAGUGGUGGUGGCGGUGGUGGUCCUUCACAUGCGCACAGCAGCCCACAGCUGGAACUCCCCGCACCUUACCAGAGCUGUGCGGAGGCUGCGGCUCUUCUGCUGUCGUCGUCUCCGCAACAGCACCCGUUGCAAUCUGCACUGGUGACCAAGGCUCCGGUUGCGGUGUCGCCCUCCCUGGCUCAACCCAUUUCGCCGCCCGUCAAGCUACUCUCCAUCAGCGUCCAUGCCGUCGCCGCAGCCGCUGCCGCCGGUAGCCCCCGGAGGAGCCCAUCUACCAGCCAACUCCCGGCUCCCACUGCCCGAGCUGGCCCCGCUCACAUCGGAGCUGCCGCAGUGGACACCGCAGUGGACACCGGUGGCGGCGGUGUGACUACUUGCGGUGCGCAGCUCAUGGCGUCUGAGGCAAUCGGACCCGGUUUGUGUCUUGAAAACGGCACCUGCGCUGCGGCGGCGGCGGCGGCGGCGGCGGCACUGCCUGCCGCAGCUCUGUCAGCGAUAUGGGAGGUCCCCGCUGGGAUACUGCCGGCCUCGCCGAUAGUUAGGGAGCGCAGCGGUGCUGAUGGCGCCGUGCCAUACGGCAGCAUACCACUUCUUUGCAGCCGAGGCAUCUCUCCGGGCUUGCCUGCUCCGCCGCUGGAUGCAGCUUCGGUUGGUGUAUCUGGUCUAUGUUUGCCGCCAGGCGACCCCCUGGUGCGGUCAUGGCCGUUGCCGAGUGACCAGCAGCCGAGGGUUCUUGAACCUAGUGGCCUCCAAAGCGCAGAUGCUGAGGAGAUAGAGGUGCCGCAGCCGUGGCAUCCCUCACCACACAUGGUUGGUGGUUACAAUCAACACCGACUACGCCGACAUCCCGUCGGUCGCGGCAACGGAAGUGGAGCUGACGAUCAAGGCGACAUGAAGGGGCAAGAGGAGCAGCUUUGGGUGAGCGUUCACCGGAAUGAGGAGCAUGGGUCGCACAGUGAGGCAGCUAAGGUAACGGCGAAGACGUGUGGGGCGUUUGGGGACCCGCCGCUUCUCGUUUCUGGUAGCCCGGCGCUAGGAUUACCAACAACUGCCUCCGCGGUCGGCACCGCUUCCGUCGCCAGGACGUCUUCUGGCCGUGACGCCGCCAGCUGCGAAGGCAUCAACCUUGGCAACCCAAGCCCGGUAGCAGUAGCAACGGCGGCGCCGCAGCUGCCGUCACCGCGACCUCCUCCCGUCAGCAGCUUUCCACCUCUGAGCUCUGAGCGGGUCGCGCAUUCCACCGUCGCUAGCAGCGCUGAUAACAGCGGGGACGCCGGCGACGACGUCAAGUAUGCUGCGGCAGCACAUCGGCCUGCGGCGCCGCCACGGGGCUCCCCACAUAGCGGCGUGCCGGUACAAGCGCUGUCUCCGGAGCAGCAACAGCACGUUGAGGCUGUCCUGCCAGCUUGCAUGGAGCGUCUCGGGGCCGGCGGAACGAGGUCGAUGUCGGGGAGCGCCGUUGUUCCAGGCCGUGGCAGCAGCAACAGCAAAGACACGAUCGCUGGCCACUGGUCGUCGCAUCUUCUCGGGAGGAUUGAGGAAGGGAGAGAGGGCGGCGAGGCACCCGAGGUGCUUUCCGCCACUGAAGGCCAUGUGCCUUCGGCGGAUUCCGCGGCGGCAGGGGCUGGCGGUAUGAUAGCACCCGCCGUUUCUAUUGCUGCAGCCGUGGCGACGACGGCGGACGUCAGAGCGGAUAGGGCUGCGUCGGCUGCGUUCGCGGCUGCAAAGGAUGCUUAUUCUCGCUUCGGCGACCGAUGUUCCGAGGAAGUGCUUCGCGCGGUCAUCGAGUCGGCCAUUUUGGACCAGCAGAUGGACUGCGUGACGGAGCAGCAGCUGCCUGCUGGGUGGCAGCAACAGCAGCGCUCCGAAUCGCCGGCGCCAUCAGCCGUCCAGCUGUCGUCCAGUUUUGGCACCGGGCAGCGGCAGCUGGGUUGGGAAGGGUCAGAGGACGGCCAGGGCACGCCACCCAACUGUGUAGGGUGCGGCGAAGAGGUAGCACCGCCACCGCUGCCGCCGCAGCAGCAGGCCUGCUUAGCGCCUGCGGGCGUGUCAGACGCGGUAGGAAUGGAUGGUGCGGCGAGUUCCUUGGCCGCAACGUUGGGAUCUUCACCUGCGGUUGCGGUGGAAAGCGGAGGCAGCGGCGGUGGCGGUGGCGACGGAGGGGCUCAGCGAGCUCGACCUGAUGCUACGGCUCUCAGCGCAUUCGCAGGAGUGAGCAGCUGGCCGGCCGCCAGUGCCGCUGCUCUUCGGAACGGCAGUCGUCGCCUGGGGGAGGAGUCCUCCUCACCCAGCCGUAGCGGUUACUCGUCUGAUGAAGGGGGCAUUGCCGAGGGCGAUGCCGGCCGGGAGGGGGACGAGGACAGGGGAGGAUGUGACGGCGGCGACAUGGGCCCUGCCGCUGGCAGCGGCGCGGGAAGUGGCGGCUGCGGAAAUGUGCGGCGACGGCGCCCUACCCUUCACACUGGGUCGCAUGGGCCGCGGCUGCCAGGCGACAGCGAUGACCCGGAUGGCGAGGUGUACGGCUUGUACGGUUACGGAAGCGCCAGUCCGCUACAGGAGUACGGCAGCGUCUACGAGAGUGCGACGCACGACGACAUGGAUGAGCACGGCGAUGAAGAGGAGGGCGCACCUCUCGGUCGCACCUCUAACACGAUUAUACGGCACCUGGCGGGGGCUCUGGUACGUAGCCGUAUGCGGGCAUCAGCCUCGGCGGCAGCGGCGGCGGCAACGGGCCGGGCUCCCUCGCGCGCACAGCACUACCAGCGCGCCAACGGGCCCCCACCGGCGUCAUCCUCGGGAGCCGCGCUGCGGUUGAGCGUCGGUCGAAAGUCUCCAUUGUUGUUGCGAGGGGCUGGUGGGGGCGAAAAUGUACAGCAGCACCAACCAGUAACGGCAGGGGGCAAGAGCGCUAGCAGUGAUAAUCGAAACCCGCGUGUAGAUGGGACAGGCGGCGACAGCAUUGGUGGCAAUCGCGCGAUGGGAGUUAAUCAACAGCUGCGGCAACUGCUGCGGGGGGGUGCAGGGCCAAAAUUACGGCCUCCUCAGGGGUCCGGAGGGUCCGCGGUUCUGCAGCAGAUACCGCAACAAUCUUCAACUUCGGGCGAAACAUAG